AUGCAUGGUGUUAAGUUCACUGAUAAAGAACCGCUGAACGUUUUAACCCGUUCGACUGAUACUUUGUCGGAUCUAAAGAGGAACAUAUUGCAGAAGGCAGGAUUGUGUGGGGCCAAGCUGGUGAAGAAGGUGUUCUAUAAGAUUCUGAUGGCAGUUGUGUCAAGUGGUAUGCAGUAUGAAACAUUUGUGAUAGGGUCAGAUGAAGACAUGGAGUUUCGGGGCUUCAGCGCCAAAUCCUCAGUCGACGACAGUGGGGGUACUUCUACUUCGAUGCCUGUCGUUGCACCUGGUUGUCUCUUAGCUGCACAUUCACUUGUUCUAGCACCGACAGCUAGGUCACUUGGUUUGAUUAUUGGUCUUGUUGGUGGUGGUGAGCCAGAUCACGUUGAGGAUGCGAUACAGAAAGAUGAUUCAAACGAUGAGCCCGAUCACAUAUCCAGGGAUAGUGAGGAGGAAACUUCAGUGGCCCCACUUGCACCUCAGGGGCCAUCCAGUUCUGGGUCCCACCAACAACCGCCGCAUUUCUCGACACUGAAUUUGGAAGCAAUCAUCUGGAGAUGCAAGGAGUUUGGAAACGGCUGCACGUGGAUGAUCCGCGUGGCACUUCGGCAGCAUAAGGAUAACUGGGAGGUUAGAAGGUACAAUGGAGCCUACACUUGCCUGGCCACUUCUAUUUCGAGAGACCACCGACAGUUCGAUUACCAUGUAACUUGUGCGAGGAUCUAUCUAUUGGUUAGGGCGGAUGCAGCGGUUACGAUAAAGGUGUUGCAAGAAGCUACUGAGUCAACCUACGGAUUCAGGCCUAGUUAUAGGAAGAUGUGGAAGGCAAAGCAGAAGGCAGUUGCACAGAUCUACGGGGAUUGGGAAGAGUUGUAUACCGAGUUGCCCCGGUGA